AUGGCAUACCCUACGCCAGACCUGCCUACGUCCUCCCUCAAACAGCUUAUAACGUCAACAUCGCCAACAAGCAGUUUACAAAAGUCACUCGAAAGCCGCGAAGUUGAUAGAAGCACUGGUAUAAAUGCAUCAAACUUUACACCAUCGGCCGUUACGUUCACCCGCUGCUAUUUUGCGGGAAGCAAGGUGCCAGCGAAUAUUCUCAGUGAUGUUAUGAAAUUAUUUGCACUUGAUGACCGGUUUUAUUGUCAGUUUGUGAAGUUCGUAUUAUGUAGUGAGUUACUAGAGAAAUACCCUAUAAGAAAGAGUUACCGUCGAAAUCUUCUGAAGCUGAUGAUUGAUGAGUUAGAACGAAUGAACCUGGAAGUACUGGACGAAUUGUACACCGCUUGCGCUAGUUGCAUGUUGGAUACGAUGCAGUGUUGCUUUCGCAUUUUCUUGACCCAUGAUCUAGCAGAAGUACUGGUUGUGCUUCGCGAGUCCACCCAGCAGCUCUGCCACGGUACAACUGGUCUCUCACUGUGGCAGGCCUCGUGUGAUUUGGCUAAUUUCUUGUGCCGAUUCGUAGAUCUCUCAAAUGUCAGAGUGUUAGAACUUGGAGCGGGGUGUGGUCUGACGGGGAUCGCUAUCGCAAGGAGUUUUUGCAACUCCCUUGUGACCCUUUCCGAUUACGACCCAAAGGUUUUGGAGCAAUUGGAAUUCAACGUUCAAGAGAACUUGGGAAAGGUUUGGUUCUGUUUAAUUCGAUCAUUGUAG